AUGAUAAAGAAGAAGAUUACGUUUCUUAAUAAAAAAUAUCAGCUAGGCUAAUCUGAGGAUGAGAAAACACCAGACACAGCCUUGACUCCACUUUCUAUAAAAGAAUAAUUACAAAGUGAUGAUUCGGAUACUGGUACACCUAGUAAAAUGGCUCUAACUCCCUUAAAAAUGUCUAAAUUCAAAAUAUAACACGAAAAAAGCAAAUCUUCUUUCGCUCACGGUGGCAGGGCUUUGGUUAAUAGGCGAGACAUAUUUGCAGAGCAUCCAUUUAGAUAGUUGAUAUUUGGAUAAAGAACAACAUAGGAGACCCUACUCAAACAUAUUGAAUAUACAAAAAGAGGGGUUACUUAUGCUGCUAAGUCUUUGAAACCUCCAUCAGAGAAAUUUUUAUAGCAGAAGUAAGUAGACAUCCCUUUAAAAGACAAGGAGAAAAAAAUAUUGAUAUUAGAUUUAGAUGAAACAUUGAUACAUUCUUGUACAAGCAAGGAGAAAUCUUAAGUUUAGUUAAAAACUGAGGAUGGACAAUUACUUAGAUUCAACGUGCGACCAUAUUUAGCAUAUUUUCUUGAUUGUUUAUCUACUUUUUACCAGAUAUUCAUAUUUACCGCCUCUUCCCCAUCAUACGCUUUAGCCUUAGUUGAUUACAUUGAUCCACUAGAGGAUAAAAUCUUAGGGAUAUUUACUAGAAAUCAUUGUCUCGAAACAAAGAAUGGUUACUUUAUUAAGGAUCUUCGUAUCCUUAGAGAUGUUGAUUUGAAAAACAUCAUAAUCGUUGACAAUUUAACUCACUCUUUUGGAUUUUAAUUAGAGAAUGGUAUUCCUAUUCUGGAAUGGACCGAUGAUGAAAAGGAUCAGGAGUUGAAAUACUUGGUUGACUACUUAAUUGAGGCCAGUUAAUGUGAAGAUGUUAGAGAUUUUAAUAGAGAAAAGCUCAAAUUACAUGAUCUUAUUGAUUAUAUUUUCUGA